AUGGACUUCCUCAACUCCAAUUCUGCAAUACAACUGACGCAAAAUUUGUCGAAUAGCGAAGAAUUGGUGCUGGCAACGACAGAAGCUCCACGACUGGAAAAUAUUGAAAGACCAUCGCUAUCUUAUAAGGAUCUAAUUAUUGAAGCGAUUGAAAGUGAUCCGGCUUCUUCAUCCCUACUAUCGUCAUCGACCCGAUCAGUGGGGUUGGCAAAACUCGAUACGUCACAACCUUUCUCUUCACGAUUGUUUCGGCAUUUCUGGACAGUUGUGCCGGAACUGAGCGAUAAACAAACAUUACGCAGACGCAACCGAGCUCCGAAUCGGGGCGCAAACCGACAAAAAACAAAUGAUACCGUGCGGGAAACGACUACAACACGAGAAGAUACAGCAUGUUCUGGAAGUGGAGAAACAUCUCCCAGUCCAUCACAGUCUUCCAUUAGUCCGCCGUCAGAUCUGCCAAAACCUACGGCAAGCUAUGGUGGAAUGGAGAAUAUUCUAGGCGACGGUUACAAAGCUUAUGGACAAUCGCUCCUAAGCGCAUAUCUUUAUCAACAUGGUAAGUGUAGGGGACUGCAUGUUAUGACCAAAUCUUCAACUUUUUUCAAGGUCACCUUUCUAAGUCAGCCUUUCUUGCUGAAAGAGAUAAAUUAGAU